AUGGCCAGCGUGUCUGAAGCUAGAACCAAAGACUGUCUCGCUCUAAGUCAUAUCCCCUCUCCCCUCGCAAACGAAACGGACACCAGUUCUGCUACAUCACGGCCCAUGGCCCCUCCCAUUUCCAUGGAUCCUCUGUUACUCACCUUCCAAUCCGAUGAACGACAACACGCCUCCUAUAAUUUGUACUUUGCCAAUCCCAACGAAGAGCAUUCAGCCAUGAGUGAGACGGACAGUGAUGAUGAUCUUGCCGAAACUCCACCGGCCCAGCUUCUUCCACAACCGAGUCAUGGACUCUCUUCUUUCAACGAAUACAAUCAAUCCGAGGCUACCAAUGUCAAUACUCCGCGAGCGUCUCGGGAUCAGUUGGGUUCCGCUCAGGCGAGCAGCGGCCGAAAAAGGUCUCGGAACCCCACCAUGAAUGAAGUAUCCAGUGCUGGCGUUGUGGACGACGAAGCUCCUCGGCAUGCUCAAGCCGAACAGCAUGCUAAGUCAACAAAGAGGCCUCGACGAGACAGCACUCAGCCAGAUAUCAAUUCACUCGACGUACAAGAUCAACGUACAAUGACCGCCAAGAAUGUUCCAGGCAACUUGGCCACGAUUAGUCAACCGGCUGAGCAUCAUUUCAACCAUCUUUCCGGAGCUGAGGUCGCGGAGAUCCUCUCCCAGGUGGAGAAGUCCAGGCAGACUACACAGUCGCAGCUCGAUCUUUUGAAAGCACAAAGCCAUACUUUCGACAAACGGCUCAUUGAUUUGACUAGAGACGUCCAGUCUGUGAUCAGGCAGCAGUCUAGAAUGUUGAAUGAGGUUGAUGAUCUGAGGAAGGACCUUGAAGAGGUAAAGACUGCUCUGCAGGACAAGCUAUAUGACCUGGAAGAGGAUAAGAUUGUGAUGAGAAACCAUCUCGAGGAAGUGACCCGGGACUGGAUGGAUGAGAAUAUUCUCAAUAGGCAGCCUACCAGUGUCACCAUUACCUGCAGGCGACGGAGGGAUUGA